CUGGGGAUUUUCGAUCACUUUCUUUGUCAGAUUACAGAAAACUGUAACCGUGUAAAUAAAGAUUAGGUUAUGUUUGGGGCACAAAAUCUUACUUUUAGUUGAUUUAGGUCCAAUUUUAAGAAAAACUAAAGACUUACGAUGGUUCGGGGCGGACGCGACAGGAGCCGUUCUCCCGACCGGAAGCGGCGCCGUUCGCGCUCCAGGAGCAAAGACAGGUCCAGGUCUAGCCGCCACCGUCGAAGUAGGUCCCGAGAGAGGCGCAGCAGGUCCAGAGACAGGAGAGAGCGUGACAGGCGUUCGUACAGUCGAGACCGAGACCGUCGAAGAGGUGACAGUAAGGAGAAGCGCAGUUCUGGCAAAUCCAGACGUCGGGACAAGUCCAGGUCUCGCUCCAGAUCCACAGACCGGAAGAAGGAUGAUUCAGGUCUGGCUUUUGAUCCGGCGAACCUUGACAAGGAAGAAGAGCAAAAAAAGUUGGAACUUGAGAUGCAAAAACGCCGCGAACGCAUUGAGCGUUGGCGCGCCGAACGCAAGAAGAAAGAGGAAGAAAUGAAGAAAGAUGCACCAAAUGCAACCACAACAACUGACGAAGCCACUGCCAAAAAAUGGUCCCUAGAAAACGACUCCGAAGACGAGGAUAAAGACAAAGGCGAAACGAAGGAGGAUCAAGUCGAGGAAGAAACAAACGGGGAAGCACCGCCACAGGAAGAAAAACAAGAAGCGAAAGAAGAGAAAAAAGAAGAAGAAGAAGAAGAAGAGGAAGUCGAUCCUCUAGACGAGUAUAUGAAAGGAGUUCAAGAAGAAGUGAGAAAGACUCACAAACUUGACAUGAAAAAGCCCAAAACCGAGUCCGGGAAUAAAAAAGGUGCCUUAGUUAUUGUAACAGGGGUGGCCAAAUCCAAGGUUAAUAAAAACAAAGGUGAGUUGAUUGAGCAGAAUCAGGACGGUCUGGAGUACUCCUCUGAAGAGGAAAUUGAGGACUUGAAAGACACAGCUGCGAGUAUUGUUAAUAAGCAGAAGAAGGAAUUGGCGAAAAUUGAUCAUAACAUGGUUAGAUAUUUACCGUUUCGGAAGAAUUUCUACGUAGAAGUGCCCGAAAUUGCCAAGAUGACGCACGAAGAGGUGGAGGCCUACAAGGAGGAGUUGGAGGGGAUUCGAGUCAAAGGCAAGGGCUGCCCUAAGCCCAUCAAAACAUGGGCCCAAUGCGGCGUCUCGACCAAAGAGCUCAACAUCCUCAAAAAGCUCGGUUUCGAAAAACCCACCCCAAUUCAAGUCCAAGCCAUUCCUGCAAUAAUGUCCGGUCGUGAUUUAAUCGGAAUCGCGAAAACCGGAAGCGGAAAAACCCUUGCUUUCCUCCUCCCCAUGUUCCGCCACAUCCUUGACCAACCUCCGCUGGAGGAACUCGACGGCCCUAUCGCCAUCAUAAUGACCCCCACACGCGAACUGUGCAUGCAAAUCGGCAAAGACAUCAAAAAAUUCACCAAGAGCUUGAAUUUGCACGCGGUUUGCGUUUACGGCGGCACUGGCAUUUCGGAACAGAUAGCCGAGUUGAAGCGCGGGGCGGAAAUUAUCGUAUGUACCCCGGGACGCAUGAUUGAUAUGUUGGCGGCAAACGGCGGCAAAGUCACGAAUUUGCGACGCGUUACUUACAUUGUGCUUGAUGAAGCCGAUCGGAUGUUUGAUAUGGGGUUCGAGCCGCAAGUGAUGCGGAUUAUUGAUAAUGUGAGACCUGACCGCCAAACGGUGAUGUUCAGUGCGACUUUUCCGCGCCAAAUGGAGGCGCUAGCCAGGCGGAUUUUGCAAAAGCCGAUCGAGGUCCAGGUUGGUGGACGCUCGGUUGUGUGCAAAGAUGUGGAACAACACGUUGUUAUUCUGGAGGAGGACCAGAAAUUCCUUAAAUUAUUGGAGCUGUUGGGUCUCUACCAUGAGCACGGGAGUAUCAUUGUCUUUGUCGAUAAGCAGGAAAACGCCGAUAUUUUGUUAAAAGAAUUGAUGAAAGCGGCGUACAAUUGCUUGAGUCUUCACGGUGGUAUCGACCAAUUCGAUCGCGAUUCGACGAUUAUUGAUUUUAAGUCGGGGAAAGUCAAACUUUUGAUUGCUACUUCGGUGGCGGCUCGAGGGCUAGAUGUCAAGCAUUUGAUCCUGGUGGUUAAUUACGACUGUCCUAAUCACUAUGAAGAUUACGUCCACAGGUGUGGUCGGACAGGACGUGCAGGUAACAAGGGCUUCGCCUACACCUUCAUCACCCCCGAACAGUCGCGAUAUGCUGGAGAUAUAAUCCGAGCGUUUGAACUAGCUUCAGUCCCCAUCCCUGACCCCCUGCGUGCACUUUGGGACUCCUACAAGUCCAAGCAAGAAGCCGAGGGCAAAAAAGUGCACUCCGGGGGUGGUUUCAGUGGCAAAGGCUUCAAAUUCGACGAGAAUGAAGCUGCCGCAGUCACCGAACGAAAGAAAUUCCAAAAAGCGGCCUUAGGUCUUGCCGAUUCCGACGAUGAGGAUUUGGAGCAUGACAUAGACCAACAUAUCGAGAGUAUGUUUGCCACAAAACGGACGGUUAAAGAGAUUAAAGCACCGUUAGGAUUGAUUAAUCCAGCUGCCAUGAAUACGCAAACGGCAAUGGAUAAGCUAGAGUUGGCGAAAAGAUUAGCUUCAAGGAUUAAUUUUUCGAAGAAUAUUAGUCUGGAUACGAAGUUUGCCACGCAGCAAGCUGCUGAAAGUAUACUGAAGGGGAGCAGCAGCUCGUUGCCGAUUACGGCGAAGACGGUGGCGGAACAGUUGGCCGCCAAAUUGAAUACCAAGCUGAAUUAUCAGCCGAAGGACGAUGAUGAGAGGGAUGAUAUUGAUAAUGAACAGACGUUUAGGAAGUAUGAGGAGGAGUUGGAGAUUAAUGAUUUUCCGCAGCAGGCGAGGUGGAGGGUGACGUCAAAGGAGGCCUUAGCCCAGAUUUCCGAAUAUUCCGAGGCUGGGAUUACCGUCCGUGGUACUUACGUUCCCAACGGUAAAAAUCCGCCAGAAGGUGAAAGAAAACUGUACCUGGCCAUCGAAAGUACGUCCGAUAUCGCUGUGGCUAAAGCCAAAGCUGAAAUAACGCGCUUGAUUAAGGAGGAGUUGCUUAAACUGCAAACUGCCGGUCACCACUCGUUCAACAAAGCUAGAUACAAGGUGGUGUGAAUACUUUACGUCUUGAGCAUACAUAUUUUUAAAGUUGUCUGUAUAGUGCGUACGAAUGGAUAUUUAUUUAGGAAAAUAAAUUUUUUCAUCGA